GAAUGGAGGUUCAUCACGUGGAAUCCAGUAUCUCUUCUGGUGGGUCCAUCUAUCAAUAAACGAGUGGAACUGACUGAACCACACACGACUCCCCUCUCCUCCCUCUCCUCUCCUCCCUCCCUGGAUAGCCUCGAGCGAAACAAAACAGCAAGCUGCUGCCGCCUCCUGCUGGUUGUUUGGCUUUGCAUAUUCUCUCCUUUCAACAUUUUUGCAAAGCUAAUAAUAAUCGCAGUUGGUCGUGGCAAUCUGUAAUAACAAAAACACACAUCAAAUCAUAUUUUUCUUAGAUCAUGAUAACUCCCCUGCUGUUCCUGCAACUCUGUGUCUUAUCAAUAGUGUUACCGACAACUAGUUCUGCUUUCAUGCUCUCUGGUAGAGAGGAUGAUUUAUUCGCUGAAAUCUUGAGAGAUGAGGCUGUGUCAAGACUCAAUCAACUUGGAAAGGUGAGUGAUGCUGAUGGCUAUCUUGAGAGGACAUUCAUGAGCCCAGCUUCUGUGAGGGCAGCGAAUCUUAUUCGCGCUUGGAUGGAGGACGCUGGUUUGACGACAUGGGUGGAUUAUAUGGGCAAUGUACAUGGUCGAGUUGAGGGAUUGAAUGCAAGUGCUGAGGCUCUAUUGAUUGGUUCUCAUUUGGAUACUGUUGUUGAUGCUGGGAUAUUUGAUGGGUCACUAGGUAUAAUCUCAGCAAUAUCAGCUUUAAAGGUUUUGAAAAGCAAUGGAACUUUGACAAAUCUUAUACGGCCAGUCGAGGUCAUUGCAUUUAGUGAUGAGGAGGGAGUGAGAUUUCAAUCUACUUUCCUAGGCAGUGCUGCUGUAGCCGGUAUAUUACCAGUUUCAGCAUUGCAGAUAUCUGAUAAGAGUGGUGUAAAUGUCCAAGAUGCUCUGAAGGAGAAUUCCAUUGCAAUCACAGAAGAAAGUCUAUUUCAGCUCAAGUAUGAUCCACAAUCUGUUUGGGGUUACAUUGAGGUUCACAUCGAACAAGGACCGGUACUAGAAUGGGUUGGUUUUCCCCUCGGUGUGGUUAAAGGCAUUGCUGGGCAAACACGGCUAAAGGUCACAGUGCGAGGUUCACAAGGACAUGCUGGAACAGUCCCAAUGUCCUUGCGUCAGGACCCCAUGGCUGCUUCUGCUGAAUUAAUCAUGUUGUUGGAAAGUUUAUGCAAAAAUCCUAAGGAUUUUUUAUCUUAUGAUGGUCAUUGCAAUGAUUCCACAGUGGAAUCUCUUUCUAAUUCCCUUGUCUGUACUGUUGGUGAGAUAUCCACCUGGCCAAGUGCAAGCAAUGUCAUUCCAGGCCAGGUUACCUUUACUGUGGAUUUACGUGCAAUGGAUAACAUGGGACGUGAAGCUGUUCUUUAUGAACUAUCUAAUAGAAUGUAUGAAAUAUGUGAGAGGCGUUCUGUUUCUUGCAUCAUUGAACGUAAGCAUGAUGCAAAUGCAGUGAUCUGUGAUUCAGAACUAACUUCAGAGCUGAAGUUUGCAGCCAAUGCUGCUCUCAAGAGAUUAACCGGCGAAAUUCAAGAUGAAGUUCCCGUGCUAAUGAGUGGAGCAGGACACGACGCAAUGGCUAUGUCUCAUCUAACAAAGGUUGGAAUGCUAUUUGUCCGCUGUCGUGGAGGCGUAAGCCACUCUCCUGCAGAGCAUGUGCUGGAUGAUGAUGUUUGGGCUGCUGGUCUGUCAAUCUUAGCAUUUCUCGAGACGCACAUGUAAAUAAAACACAAUUCGACGUUCUUGUACAGGGAAAUAACUGUUUUAGCGCCAUGCACUAAUGAUGAUAUUUGUCAAUUGCAUAAUAA